AUGGCAGUCUCUUCACAUGUAUUUUUUCCUCUCCUCCUUUUCCUCUCCCUAUCUUUCCUUUUCUCCUCCGCCGAGAUCCGCUUUUCCGAGGUCCGUUCAGACGAUCGUCCCAUUAUUCCCUUCGACGAGUUCGGCUUCACCCACCGUGGCCGUCUCGAGCUCAAUGUCUCACGUAUUUCUCUUUCUUCUCUUAAUCCCGACCCCGACCUCACCAAACUCGGAUUCUUUUUCGUCACCAGAGACUCAUGGCUUCAUGUCCUCCAACAAUUAGAAGACACUGAAAUCACCUGCGCUCUUCAGUCCGACGUUGUCAAACUCGUAUACACCUUCGAUUUCCUCCACGAUACCACCCGAUUCGAUGUCUAUUACAUCCAAAACGACGCCGAUCAGUACACACUCGUCUUCGCCAACUGCCUCCCUGACAUCAAAGCCUCUAUGAACGUUCGAUCCACAAUGUAUAAUCUUGAGGGGAAAAAUGGAGGCCGUGAUUAUCUUUCCGCUGGUCGUACAAUCCUCCCUAAGAUUUACUUCAUAUUGUCGAUCAUGUAUUUCUGUUUCACAUGCAUCUGGAUUUACGUUGUGUAUCAGAAAUUGUUAACUGUUUUUCGAAUUCAUUUCUUCAUGCUGGCUGUUGUGAUCUUGAAAGCUCUUAAUCUGUUGUGUGAGGCGGAGGAUAAAUCGUAUAUUAAGAAAACAGGAAGUGGGCAUGGUUGGGAUGUGCUGUUUUACAUCUUUAGUUUUCUUAAAGGGAUAACUCUUUUCACAUUGAUUGUGUUAAUUGGGACGGGAUGGUCUUUCUUGAAACCCUAUUUGCAAGACAAGGAAAAGAAGGUAUUGAUGAUUGUGAUUCCUUUACAAGUUGUUGCUAAUGUAGCACAAGUUGUAAUCGAUGAGAAUGGUCCAUAUGGUCAUGAUUGGGUGACAUGGAGACAGGUAUUCUUACUGGUAGAUGUGAUUUGUUGCUGUGCUGUUCUGUUUCCGAUAGUUUGGUCUAUUAAGAAUUUGCGGGAGGCAGCUCGUAGUGAUGGGAAAGCAGCUGUGAACUUGAUGAAAUUGUCUCUGUUUAGGCACUAUUACAUAGUGGUGAUUUGUUACAUUUACUUUACCAGGGUUGUGGUUUACGCAUUGGAGACGAUCACUUCGUAUAAGUAUCUGUGGACAAGUGUGGUGGCUGGAGAACUGGCGACGCUUGGUUUCUAUGUGUUCACGGGGUAUAAGUUUAGACCGGAGACUCAUAACCCUUACUUUGUUAUUGAUGAUGAAGAGGAGGAGGCUGCUGUUGAAGCUUUGAGGCUUGAAGAAGAAUUUGAACUGUGAUUCAAUUAAAGUGAGCUUUUGAGCUAGCUAGCUUGAUUGAGGUAGAAGAGAAGCAACUAUGCCUGCCAGUUCCAUUUGCCAGGUAUAGUUCAUUCAUUUCUUUGAGAUGGCAAAAUCAGAGUUUUAACAGCAUUUCAUUAUUAUUUUUUCAUCUAUCAUGUAAAUCAUUCCAUAUGGGUUCAUUUAUGGGAAAUCUGUAGUAAGAACAAUUGUUUA